CACACAGUCACACCAGACAGCAGCAGGAGCAAGAGAGAGAGAGAGACUGGGCACCCCAGAGGUCCUUUAGCAGCACAGCAGGAAGUGGUCUCUGGCUAUGGAUCUGACCUUGGGAACGGAGGCUCAGGCUCUUCUAGAAGAGAUGUUGAAGAUCACUUCUCAGAAUCUGGUGCACAUGGAAGUGACUGAGCACUACCAGAUCAUCAAGGAGUUGGGCAAGGGGAAAUACGGCCAGGUGGUCCUUGUGACACACAGGCAGAGGGGGACCCCCAUGGCUCUCAAGCUUCUUCCUAAAGCCAGUACCAAGCUGCAGAACUUCUUAUAUGAAUAUUGCGUGGCCCUUUCACUCUCUGCCCACCCUGCCAUCAUCGGCAUGUUUGGCAUUGCCAUAGAAUCUAGCCAGCACUAUGGCUUCCUGUACGAGGCAGCCCUGCACAGAGAUCUCAUCUCCAUUAUCAAGCCAAAGGCUGGCAUCCCGGAGCCGGCAGCUAAACUCUGUGCUAAACAGCUGGUGAGUGCACUGGACUUCAUCCAUAGCCGGGGCCUUGUGUACCGAGAUGUCAAGCCUGAGAACAUCUUGCUUUUUGACCGCCAUUGCCACUGCAUCAAACUGACAGAUUUUGGCCUGACACGUCCCCAGGGCACCCUGCUGCGUCUCGUGACUGGGGUAAUCCCCUACACCGCACCUGAACUGAGCCGUGGCACUGGUGACACGCCCGGCCUUCCCAUUGACGCCAGCCUGGAUGCUUGGGCUUUGGGAGUGCUGAUCUUCUGCCUGCUCACUGGUUACUUCCCUUGGGAGAAGACGCUUCCUGAAGAUUCCUUCUUUGAGGACUUUGUGGAAUGGCAAGAAUCUGGUUUGGAUGAAGACCUGCCAUUUCACUGGCGGCCACUCUCAAAUGAUGCCAUCUCUAUGCUGCGGAAACUCCUGGCCGUGGAGCCAUCAAAACGUGGCCCUCUCCGCUGUGUACUCAGCUACCUUGAUCGGCCGUGGCGAGCUGAGAUGGUAGCCAAAGGCCACUAGCAGUCACACCAUUGUGCUGAAAUGAAUUUGAUGGGUAAAAAAAGUUAAGCACUUUUUUCCUGUCUCAUAUUUGCUUGUAAAAAAAUUGAAUUUAUAUUUCUUUUUCUUAUAGAGAGGAGCACAAGUUGGUUACAUAAAACUUCAGUGCAUCUGCAUUUCUUAUCCUGACCUUAUAAUUUUGCAAGGGAUAGAAAUGAUCACAAGCUAUCCUUUUAUUUGAAUCUUAGCCUUUAGAUUUCUUGAAAAAUUGAUAACCCUAGGCUUCCCAUCUGAAAUUUUGGAUUCAGAUUUUGAAAAUAUGCCUGUUUUAAAUAUUUUAAUAGAAUUUUUCCCCAGUUUCAUGAGACAGAACUCCAGUCUACAAGGCCUGCUCUAGUUGUCCUCUUCCUUAUGCCCCUGAAUUUCUUUUUACCAGUGACGAAGCGCAAGAUCACAGCUGUGGCAUGGAUGUCCGGACAUAUGCUCAGGUGAUCGUCUUCUGGCCAACAAGAUUCCAGAGUUAUUCCCAAUUUUUCAUGAGUGCAUUUUUAAAAGGAAAAAAAAUAAAAUGUAUGGACAUUUCACUGAGAUUAUCCAGACUGUUAAAAAUGGUUAUAUCAGAGUUAUGAACUCUGUCACACAUUUAUCCUUACCAUGUAUGUUGUAUAUUUUCUUUCACUAUCUGCAUAGUUUCCUACCAUUUGAUGAGCUGUAAAUUUCUCUCAUUUUCAGCAAAAAUGGGAAGAAAAAAGGCUUUUCUUCAUCCAUCCUGUUUUCACCCUUGAAAAAGCAGCCCUGGUGGAUGUUCUUAGAAAAAAAAAAGUCUUCCAAAGUGACCACAAAACUAAGCAUAGCAAGUAGCUCUUUCCUCAGUAUAGUGACUGCAAGGUCCCAAGGGUCUGAUUUGUCUUUCAGGGCUUUAGCCUCCAAGGAAAGAAGCAAUAUUUCAAGGUGGGGAGCCAGAAUGUUUUCUGGUUGGAAAGUUUUUGUUUUUAUUGUUCACUUGGCAUUCUGUCAUUCCAUGACCGUCAGGAAUACCUGAGGGGCUAGGCAGAGCUUGCUUCUUCCCCUGACCUCUCAUCCCAUCUCCCCGCACCCCAGAAAAAAACUCCUGAGCGCAGGAGACGUGCAGUGCCACCCAAAGCAGAGCUAGACCCUUCGAAGUCAAUUGGCGUGGAAGGGUGUAACUCUGCUUAAAAUGACACAGCUAACUAUCCUAAAUGUAUUACAUCAAAACUAAGUAUGAAAACAGAAAUUAAAAAAGAAAGCUAGAAAAGACAGCUUUUGAACACCUCUCAAGAGUUUGGCAUUUCUCCUGCCCCAAGAUUUCCCCCCCCCCAAUAAACACAAUCUAGCAUUCUGUCUUCUUGAUUAGUGCUCCCCAAUUUCACACUGUAGUUAGUACUUCAUAAAAUAGGUACUGUCUUUACUUUGGCCGUUUCCACACGGCUUACCGCUUCUCGUAACAA